UUUUACACUUGGCGUCUAAACCUAGCUCUACUCCAGUGCUGGAAGGACACUCUGUCGGUAGUACACACAGGCAUAAAGGACUUCGUCUGUUCUGGCCACAGGGAAGAAGAGCUCAGCUGACCGAAGAAGGCGUCUCACUCAGCAUCAAAACUUGUCACCCUCCUGACGCUGGGAACUUUUAUUAUAAAAACAAACAGGGAUAAGUAUCUGCCUUAAAAAUGUCAAAACAGCCAGCUUCAAAUGUUAGGAGCAUUCAGGCUAAUAUCAACAUCCCAAUGGGAGCACUUUUACCUGGAGCAGGUCAACCACCUAAAAGAAAAGAAUUCACUGAACCUGAUGAGAGUCUUCCACCCUCAUCAGAAGCAGAAAAGAAGAAGACUCUCCCAGGUGCCAAGAAGCUACCAGGCCCUGCUGUUAACCUAUCAGAGAUCCAGAAUGUAAAGAGUGAGCUGAAAUUUGUCCCAAGAGCUGAACAGUAGCUUCCAUAUUGUCCAGGAUUUCACUGAUGAAAACCAUGACCUGUGUGGUCAUGCAACAUCAGAGUGUGGUUAAGACGGCAAGAUGAACACACAAACUAGAAGACAAAUGCACAAGCCAGGACAGACUGUAGCAGUUUGCUUUUCCCUCAACCUUCUACUGAACCCUCUUCUCGCCCUCCUAUUGAGUUAAUGGAGCGCAAGAGCAAUUGUUUCCGAUCUGAAACAAUGCAGAAUAAUAAAUGACCUUAAUACUACAAUUCACGCAUGGCCAAGAUUUAAUUUUAAAUUCUCAGUUUCUAAUUGAACCAAUGCCUGGAAUAUAUCUGGUAUGCCUUGUUUUCUUUCUCCUGAAAAGUGGCGAAAUGUUUCUCUGCAUACACACACAGCUAAAAUUCAUCUACAGAAGUAACUGACUUGCAGCUAUCCUUGGUUCCUCAAGGAGGCACUCAAGUUUUAGUUAUUUAAAAUGAAGCAUACAAGUUUCCUUGCACAGUUUUAAUAUGUGCAGUAGCUGUGAUUAGAACAAUUUAUUUUAUUAUUUUCUUUCUUAUUCUAGUCUAUUUUAUUUUUGUAGUCUGUUCUUCUCCAUAAAAAGUGCAGGGUGGCUACAAACAUCUAUAAAUACAACAUCACACACAAACACGUGUAAAACCAUAAUUGAAAAAUCACAUCAAUAUAAUAGAUCAGUAAUACUAACUUAUUGUUCAUUCAGAUGUCACUUUGAUUUUGACUUUGGUUCAGACGUUGUGUUUUAAUUACUUUUAAAAGUUCUUUUCAGCUGUGUUUGCUGCAAUGCGUCUUCAACUUUAGCUCUUUCUUGGAAAUUCAUUUGUACAAAUUAAUCUCAUUUUCUCAUUUAAGUAUCAAAACAGAACAAGCAAUUCAACUCUUUUCGUAAUCUGGCCUUCUGAGUUUCCCUGACAACCAGAAAUGCAUUUCCUUUCCCCCACCCUUUUUAAAAACUAAUAAUAUAAAUUCACAAUAUGUUCUUGUCACUUCUCCAACACUAUGAAGACAACACCCUACUUUUUUAAAAUAUUAUUUGUUCUGGUAAUGGUUUGGGAUUUGGAGACAGAUAAAAAAUUACUUUCACAGCCCCACCGUACUAACAGUGCUGUGUAGGAGGAGGUAUCUGGGUAGGUGUUCAAAAAUUACUGAGGAUUAAUGGCCAAGUGUUUAUUUGAGGAACAAUGGAAAUAUAUUCACAGUAAAUUGAAGCCUGCAAUGAAUGCUGUUAGAGCUAGUCAUCCUGUAUACCAUUUUCUUAUCCACUUAAUCUCCUCUACCCUUUUCUCUCCCUAUCAACUACCAACUAAAUGAGUUAUGGUAUCUUCACUGUGUCAACUCUCAUUUCCUGCUGCUGUCAACUCUUCCUCAUCAACCAAGGUUUGUAAAUGUCACUUUUUUGGAUUACAGCUCCCAAAAUCUGCAAGCCAGCAUAGCUGGUUGACCCAAUUCAUGCAGCUGUCUGAAACUAAGGAUUGAAGUGUGCACCUAAAUUCAUAAGUCAAUUGAAUGUUUAUUGCAUUCUCUUGACUGGCAAGAGAAUGCUGUUCAACAGUCUCCCUUAUGGAGUUAGCCAAGCUGUGAUGUUUGAGUGCUCUAAACAUGUUGGACAUCUGGCCUUAUCAGGAAGGCUGAAGAUUUCAUGUCUCCCAUAACAACCAUAAAACUGUCCCACAUGACUUUGCUUAUGUUACAGUACACACACUGGACCUACGACCUUAUCAGGCAGGCUGAUUUACCCGCCGUACACCACUUCUUCUCCUCUUUCACCACGGAGCCCUUCCCAUGAUGCACAUGAACUUCUGGCGGAGCUUUGUGGUGAAAAAUAAGAGGAAGUAGCGCAUUCUGCCAUUGGGGCAACACAGGAGGCUUCCCGUGUUGCCUUAGUAGCAAUGGGGGGAAAGCUGGGCGACAACGCUUCCCCUCAUGGGAUGGUGGUUCAGGUAAGUCAGGCGAUGUGGUGCGUGUAGCAACAGGUUCUCCACACACCCCUGCCAGAACCCCCAUGGAUUUGCCACAAUGCAUAGAGAAUCGUCUAAUGUGAUAAGGUCCUUUGACUUUUAUGUUGGGUGGGAGACAAUAACCUUUGCACAGAGGAACAGUCUAAUUCCAUUGGCAUGGACAGAUCAUAAUCUGGUGGGUUUAGAAUCACUAACUUCUGUAGGACUGGGAACCAAUUAAGAUGGUCUGCCCUAGGAGGCUGAUUGAUCUGGAUAGUUUUCAUGGAGAGUUUUCUUAGCAGGCAAUUAUGUCAAAGGUUUAGUUGACCUUUGCAAUGGAGAAAUGACCAAGUCAGUCGAUAAAUUGAAUAUUCUCUCCCAUGGAGAGGAACCAAAAAUAGUUUCUUGAUUUACUAUGGAAAUGGUAGUUAAACAAGCAGGACAGAAACUAGAGCAAGUCUGAUGAAAUAUGGGUGGAGCUCAUAAAAAAGCCAACUGACCAAACAACAAAAUUUCUGCCAGCAUGUUAACUUGAACUUAUCAAUAUCCCAAGUGAUUAAGACACUUACAUUUUGGCCUCCAAGAGGAGAAUAUGGACUACUCAACAAUUUGCUGUCAUCAAUGUCUACAGUCCUCUGCAGACAAAAUCUCAUGGUUACAUUCUGAUGCUGGUUUUUGUUGUGAGUCCUGCUUCUCAGUAAUAAUUAAACCCUUUCAAUUGGUGAAGCCCAAGGACCCUUAGGACUCUUAGACAGGUGAAGCCCAUGCCAUGUGUGCUAUAUUUUUUUUCCUUCCUGGCUUAUAAAAUCAUUUGGAAGUUGGUGGAAAAGAGACUGACUGAUGGGAUAAAGCGGUGCACCUCUUUCUGCAACAAGGAAAGAUUUAGAGACAGAUUGUAGCCCAUGUUUGAAAAACCAGAUCUGAACAUGUUUUAAUGGAACCAUAUAUAAGGCUGUAUGAGUCAGGUUUUAAGAUAGAGCUCCUUGGGUCUGUUGUUAUUGAGCAUCAGAUGUGUUCAACUUACUUCUACUGAUAGUUGAACUACUGUGACUUAGGACCGGGAAUUAUGUAGGAGCCCAGCUGAAUAAAAACCCUGAAUAAAGCUUCCCUGUGUUUUGCAUUUUUGAUUCACAACCAAAUUUUACUGCAUGGCAGAGGGUUGGAUUAGAUUGCCAAUGUAGUCUAUUCCAACUCUAUUAUUAUAUGAUUCUAUAGUACACCAUGAUGUCUUAUUUUAAAAAAAUUAUCUUCUUCUCAAUAACAUGUUCUUUGUUUUGUUGUCAGUUGUGUGUUGUUUAGACACUACAUAGGCAUGAAAUAUCUGACAAAUUAGAGCAGUGUUUGAACAGGUAUAAAAUGAUGGUUGCUCCCUGACUUUGGCUCCUUAUUCAGGUGAAUUCGGUGGACCACACAAGUACAGAAAGUAGAAUUUAAAUUACAAUAAAUUUAACUUUAAAAUGAUAAAUGCAUUACAGUCUAGCACAUUAGAGUGAUGAUUCAUUAUAUCUGUAGGCUAGAUCUGACCAGCUAAUGAUGAGUUUUGAUGGCAACAGCUUUUAUCAUAUCCAUCUUCUAUCUGUCAUUUAGCAUUUGGGCUCAUUUUGCAUUAUUCCUUGCCAGCUACAAAGCACACUGUGCUAUAUGCAUAUUCCAGAACUUGAUUUGAGGCCUUUUCUUUCCAUAUUGUACGUGUCAAGGCAGGGCUGAAAGGUACUUUCUCCUGGUAGAAUGCUUGUAUGAGCUCCUGUGGUAAAGUAGUAGCCAUGAUUUGCUAAGAAAUGAAAGCAACUAGAACUUCAAGUCUAGACAGUAAGGCUGGGUGAUAGUUGCACGAUGCAUGUGGGAUGAAUUAUUUAUCAUAUUGCACAGGUGUAAUCUAAUGACAGCAGUAAAAGCAACAUUCUGUAUUGUGAUAGUACACUGUGCAUCAUAAUAAUAAAUAAUAAUACUUUAUUUUUGUAUCCCAACCCAUCUCCCCAAAGGGACUCGGGGUGGCUCACAUGGGGACGAAGCCUGGUACAUCAUAAAAUACAAUGUCAAAUACAUUUAAAACAAGGUGCAUAAAACAAGCAUAUAAAACAGCAUAUAAACAAUAAAACAUGAUAACAGUAAACAAGGCACGGUUAAAGAAUUCUGUGGGGCCAUGCCUGGGUUUAUUGGGGUAUUUGAUUAAUUCGAGACAAAGCAGGGUUUUCCUGCUUUUUCUUGAAUUAAUCUUCUUCUGCGCCGGGCUGUGGCGCAGCUGUUGAGCAGCUGCCUUAAAUCACUCUGACCAUGAGGUCAUGAGUUCGAGGCCAGCCCGUAGCGGGGUGAGCACCCGUCAAUUAAAAAAAAUAAAAAAUAGCCCCUGCUCGUUGCUGACCUAGCAACCCGAAAGAUAGUUGCAUCUAUCAAGUAGGAGAUAAGGUACCACUUAUAAAGUGGGGAGGCAAGAUUAACUAAUUUACGACCUGGAAUGAGGAAGUGCCGUCAGUGUGGAUGAUGAAGCAGCUGCUCCCCCCUGUGGCCAGAAUCGAACAUCCCCUCAGAAGAAGGUUAACUUGCCUCUGCGUGUGUCUCUCAGUCUCUGUUUGAUGUGUUUAUGGGCAUUGAAUGUUUGCCCUAUGUGUGUUAUAAUGUGAUCCGCCCUGAGUCCCCUUCGGGGUGAGAAGGGCGGAAUAUAAAUACUGUAAAUAAAUAAAUAAAUAAUAAAUUUUACCUGAGGGGUUGUUUAGAUACCUCUGGUAAAAGUCCAACAGGGCCCAUAUUUUGGGCCCUGUGUGGAAAGGCCCUUGGUGAUAUCCUAAUCUGUGGCAGUCAGAGCUAGGAAACAUUCCUUUUGGGGCCACAACUUCCAGAAUCUCUCAGACUAAUAAUAGUCAUAUUGCUGGUGUGAUUCUGGGAUUUAGUGUUAAAAAUAGUAGUCAUUCCAUGUUCUACUCUCAGCUAUAUAUAAGGCUCUCAGAAGAAUGAAUUGCUGAUAGCUGUCAGGAUUUGUGGUGUCCUUCCAACCAGAGGGGAGGAACAGGCAGAACAAGUGGGCUAUGUUCAGCAUUCACUGCUGUUCUAGUUGCCUGUGUAUGCUAAUACUCUCCCUGAAGAAUCCUAGCUGAAUUUGCAUGGGAGAAUCAGCAUUGAAAUAUAUUUAGUUCUUUAUUUUCAGCUUUUUGCAAAAUGUACACAUACCUCCUGCAAAAUAUAUCUGGCUGUUUUAUGCAACAUUUUAUAUAAAGGUAGGAAUAAAGAAUGGGUCAAAAUCGUAAAAUACAUGACAGAGGGGAAAUAGCAAAGGAAAUGGGAACUUAAAAGUGGUGUGAAUAUUUAUCAAAUGAUAUGCUCCAAGAUUACAUCACUGAAAUAAAAAUUAAAUAUACAAAUGGACAUCCUAAGGAGAAUUAGGAGUCGAAAUGGAAAGGACUUGUAGCCACAGUAAAAGG